AUGGUGUUUGUCCUCCGCCAACUCCAGGAAAAGUGCCGUGAACAAAACAAAGGACUCUAUGUCACUUUUGUUGACCUUACAAAAGCCUUUGAGAGUGUGAGUAGGUCUGGUCUAUGGCUUAUUCUCAAACGUCUUGGGGUUUCUCCCAAAUUUCUACAGAUGGUUAUUCAGCUGCAUGAGAACGAACGCGGCCAGGUCAGACUCAAUGGUGACCUUUCCGAACCCUUUCCUAUCUCCAACGGCGUGAAGCAGGGUUGUGUCUUGGCACCGACCCUCUUCGGCGUAUUCUUCAGCAUGAUGCUUAAGCAAGCUACUGUGGACUUGGAUGUUGACGAAGGGGUGUACAUCAGCCUCAAAAAGACAGAGGUCCUUCACCAGCCUACCCUUCAGGUAGAAUACCGCCCUCCCCGCAUCAGCAUAGGCGACACAGAACUGAAAUCAGUCCAGCAGUUUACCUACUUGGGUCGCAUCAUCUCAUCCGACGCUAAGAUGGACAAUGAAAUAGACAACAGACUGGCAAAGACAAACGGUUCUUUCGGCAGACUAUUCAAACGAGUCUGGAACAACAAGAGCCUGAAAAGCAAGACAAAGAUUCGCGUCUACAGGGCUGUCGUUCACACCACCCUUCUCUACGGCUCUGAGACAUGGGUAACUUACCGCAGCCACAUCCGCCUCCUCGAGCGCUUCCAUCAGCGCUGUCUGCGCACCAACAUCCACUGUUGUGACUUCAACACCAAUGUCGAAGUCCUGGAGCAGGCCGAGAUUCCCAGAAUUGAAGCCAUGAUCCUGAAGCGCCAGCUCCGAUGGGCUGUUCAUGUUCCCCGAAUGGAAGACCACCGCCUACCUAAGAUUGUCAUGUACGGUGAACUCUCAAUCGGACAUCGUGAGAGAGGGGCUCCAAGGAAGAGGCUCAAGGACAGCCUAAAGAAGUCACUCAGGACCUGCAACAUCGACCACAAAGAGUGGUCUGACCUGGCCACAGACCGUGGUAUCUGGCGCCACACAAUGAACCAAGCCACUGCUCAAUUUGAGAAGGAUAGACGUGAGGUACUUGAAGACAAGCGUCAGAGGAGGAAAGCCCGCGCCGCCUCCACCUUCACUCCUGACACCACCUUUCUCUGCAGAUACUGCCCACAGAUCUGCCUUUUCAUUGACUUUUAA